GCGAGCGCAGGCAGGCCCGCCAUUUCCCUGACGCGCCUGUAGUCCUUUAAAGCCAGCAGGAGCGGCGCCCGGCGAGACGGACGGACGGACAGACCCGGACCCGGAGCGCCAGAACCGGGCUGAGAGAUUCGCGGAGAGGCGGGUUGAAAUGAGUCAGCUCAGUGGACGUUCGCGCCGCGCGCCUUGACGUCACGUCUUUGUGACAUUUCGCUGUAAUUCCGGGCGGACUCCCGAGUUAAGCGUCCGCGGCGAGGCCGGCCGAGAUUAGCGACAACAGGAGCCGCUGUCUGUUGUUUGUUUUGGGGGGGUUCUCUUGGUUACAUUUCGGGGCUCUCCGCGGCGCCGUUCUCCGCUCUGGUUUCCGCGGAAGGGGAGAAAGUCGGGGGAAGGGGAGCUCCGGCUCGCGCGGCGUCGUUACACCCUCGCCUCGUUUGGGGGGUGGAGGAGGUGGAGGAGGAGAUCGGCUGAAGAGAAAACGUCCCGAAUUUCUUUUGUUACUCCGAUACAGAGGAGAAGAUGUCGGGGCAGAGCAUCACGGACAGGAUAACGGCAGCCCAGCACAGCGUGACCGGGUCCGCCGUGUCCAAAACCGUAUGCAAGGCCACCACGCACGAAAUCAUGGGCCCGAAAAAGAAACACUUGGAUUAUUUGAUCCAUUGCACCAAUGAGAUGAACGUGAACAUUCCCCAACUGGCUGACUCACUGUUCGAGAGGACCACCAACACCAGCUGGGUGGUGGUCUUUAAGUCACUUAUCACCACACACCACCUUAUGGUCUAUGGAAAUGAGCGUUUUGUGCAGUACUUGGCUUCAAGGAAUACACUUUUCAACCUCAGUAACUUUUUGGAUAAAAGUGGCUUACAAGGUUAUGACAUGUCUACAUUCAUUCGGCGAUAUAGCCGAUAUCUGAAUGAGAAAGCCGUUUCAUACAGACAAGUUGCCUUUGACUUCACUAAAGUAAAGAGAGGAGUGGACGGUGUGAUGAGGACCAUGAAUACAGAGAAGCUGCUGAAGACCAUCCCCAUUAUUCAGAACCAGAUGGACGCCCUCCUCGAUUUCAAUGUUAAUGCCAAUGAGCUCACUAAUGGAGUCAUCAAUGCUGCCUUCAUGCUGCUCUUCAAGGACUCCAUCAGGCUCUUUGCUGCUUACAAUGAAGGCAUUAUCAACCUGCUCGAGAAAUACUUUGACAUGAAAAAGACUCAGUGUAAAGAAGGCUUGGACAUCUACAAGAAGUUUCUCACUCGAAUGACCCGGAUAUCAGAGUUCCUCAAAGUAGCAGAGCAAGUGGGAAUUGAUCGAGGAGACAUCCCAGACCUCUCACAGGCUCCCAGUAGCCUCCUAGAAGCUCUGGAGCAGCAUUUGGCCUCAUUAGAGGGCAAGAAGGUAAAAGACUCCACUGCUGCCAGCCGGGCCAGUACUCUGUCAAAUGCAGUCUCGUCACUUGCAAGCACAGGAAUGUCUUUCACUAAAGUAGAUGAGCGGGAAAAACAGGCAGCUCUUGAAGAGGAGCAAGCCCGUCUCAAAACUCUGAAGGAACAAAGGCUGAAGGAGCUCUCAAAGCGACCCUCUUUUGCCACUACGGACACAUCACCGAUCUCCACCACUGGGGGCACUAUCAGCACAGCACCAGCAAUAGACCUCUUCUCCACGCCCAGCUGCUCUAAUGGUGCUCUGAAGAUGGAGAGUGACCUGUUUGACCUGCAAUCUACUUUCCAGCCCUCCAUGCAGUCUGGGUCAUCAGGACUUCCUGUGGCAACAGCCUGGGCAGGAUACUCAACACCACAGGCACCUCCCCAACAGUCAUCAGGGGGACUCCAGGUGGACUUUGAGUCAGUUUUCGGAGCCAAAGCCACAGGCAGUAACAGCCUCAACUCCGAUGAUAUUACUGGAGGUAUUCUGAAACCAACUCUAGCUGGCUCCAGCCAGGGUCUGCCCUCCAGUCAGCAGCCAGAGAAGCUGGUGUCGGAUGACCUUGACUCCUCCCUGGCCAACCUAGUGGGCAAUCUUGGCAUUGGAAAUGGCACAGCAAAAAAUGACAUCCACUGGAGCCAGCCUGGGGAGAAGAGACUGACCGGAGGAACCAACUGGCAGCCCAAGGCGGCGCCAACCACAACAUGGAAUCCUGUCUCAAUGCCUCCCUCAGUCAUGGCCUACCCUGCCACCACACCCACGGGCAUGAUGGGAUAUGGCAUGCCUCAACAGAUGGGUUCUAUGGGGAUGAUGAACCCACCCACCAUGAUGUACACCCAGCCUGUGAUGAGGCCACCCAACCCCUUCGGCUCUGUGUCCAGUGCGCAGAUGCAGUUCAUGUAAAAUGAAGGAAGGUGUCUCUCAGAAGAUGAAGCACUUAGAAGCAAAGCUUUGUCCUCGUUGCAGUCUAACUCUUCAGAGAAACGUUCACACAACCUCCCCCCUCCCCCCCAAACCAGAGGCAAGUCAUGAACACAAUGGUGCAAUGACUGUCUCAUCGUAACCGUGUCCAAAGGACGUUUGGAGAUGACUCACACCCAUUAAUCUGUAAUUUGUCAAAGACGUCGAGUGAUGCUGCUGUCUAACCCCACCCCCUUGUUCCCAUAAGGAUUCCUCAACCAUUUUACAGUGUGAUCUGUAAAGAUAAGUCUUGGGUGCUGAGAAACUUGGUAUUAUGAUUUUUGGAAAUACUGUGGUGGGAUGUAAGGUUUGGUGUUCUCCUGGCAGGGGAGAUUGGGGGGAGGGGCGGGGGAAGAGGCGAGGAGUCCUUCCCUUUCUUGAUUCAGUCAUCCAUUACCCACAGUUAUUUAACUGUCACUAAGUAGUGAUGCUAAUAACGUUUACACCCAUUUAGUUUGUCUUUUUUUACCGUGUUUACAGUAGACAUUCCUUGUGUGUUGUUUGUAUUUAUUUAUGAUUAUUGGUUUAAGAUUGGGGGGAAAAAUUGUUGUAAAAUCUACAGUACAUUGAACACCUGUGGGAGUGCUUCAGCAUUUAAUAUGGAUCUCAGACUGUAUCAUUGAGAGGUAGAGUUAAAAAAAAGCUAUUAUAUAAAUUUACACCUAUUAAGCGGAAUGAUAGAGCACUAAAUAUUCUCCGAGUUUUGUGUUAAGAACAGUUUUUACUAGAUGAAAGAUUUGUCGAUCUCCACUGUACUUAAAGUGCAGUGGUUAGAAGUAUGAGUCAGUUAUUUACAAUAUAUAGUCGAUUCUGUGCCUAGGGUUUUUUGCAAUGGAACAAUUUUCUGUCUAGUUGGGGGGGGUGGGGGGGACAUUUCAUCCACGAUUCUGAAGCAUCACACUGGGGGUGGGCUCCAUUUUGCUUUAAGCUUGGCAUGCCAUUGACUCACGGACUGUAUUCAUGGCUGCCCUUACUCUGAAUGUGAAAGAGUUGUCUUCAUGUUGCACACAUCUUUCUACACUAGCUGCCCCUCCCCAUUUCCUCGCCAGAGUGGGCCGAGAGGACAGCGAGUCUGGUUGUUGGCUGUUGCUGAUGGGAGGGAGAAAGGGUCACAGAUUUGAUGUAAAUUAAUUGUAUAAAGAUCCAGAGAACCGGGGCGGAGUGGGGGCACUGUUGAUCGGUGCACUGUGUAUAUAAAAACUGACUGUUCAUUGGGAGUGAAUUGAAAGAUGUAUGAAAUAUGAAAGCAAUUCAAUCAGAUUUGACUCUACCUAAGUUUAAUUCAGGAUAAUUUCUGCGUUUGUGUCGCGCAGAUAUUUUUCUUUAUGUAAUUAUGACGUGUAGCAGACAAGGACUGAGGUCUUUUCUUUCUUUUUCAAAUAAAGAGCAGCUUCCACACGG